GUACUGCGGGCGGUAAGAAAAUAAUGCAUAACAAACAACAAAUGUACAUAAACUGUGUAAAUGUUAAUGAGCCACUAUUUCUAGCUUUAACUCUAGUGUGUGCACCCACCAGGCUAUAGUUAGAAGAUAUCAGGCUACUCUUAACUGCACACUUAUGAUUAAUGACGGUACUUUGUGUUUUAGGCAGGGUGAUCUGCCACAUUAAUAAAAAUAUAGAAACAAAGAAAAAUGACUUUAGUAACAUUCUUUCAUAAAAUUGCAGUAUUUAAUAAAGUAAAUAACAAACAAAAAGGGAAAAAAUGGAAUUGCUUGCAGGAAUAUAAACAACUUGCGUCUUAUUAGAUGGCUAUGAGUUGUGCAAAGGUGAGCUCUCAACCACCCAAUCAUUGAGCGAGGAAUUGCCGGUCAUCAGCUCGCUGGGCUGUGAGUGGUUCAUCCCACAGCCGACAAAAAGUGGGUACCUUCCCUCAAAACGGAUCCUCGUUGGCUAUUGUAGGUUGUGGGUUGGACAUAGAAGUUCCAAAACGGUCAAAUGAGAUGUCAAUCGAAAGGUCAGCGUUCAGCAGCCAUUUUCAUUAAAUGUGCCGGUAAUAUGCGAUUUUGAAUUAGACAAUGGACAAUGGGCGGCAAAUUAGACAUAUCUACGGAAUUUUUGAAACAACAGUCAGUGGGUAUGAAAAUAUCAAUGUUUUUUUGACCAUAAAGUCGACUAGAUAAACUGGACUGCCAAUGCGAAGUGACCGUUUAUGAUGAAAUAUUAUUGAUUCCUGGAUUACUAUGAGGCUUCAAAGGUAUGCUGCGUCAUGUCUGUAAUUUGUAAUUGGUCUGUCAGAGACGUCGAUGAAUUUAGCGGUUUUGGUCGUGUGUGUGGUUGAAAUCAAUAGAAUCCGAAGAAUGGUAAGUAAGUAAUGACUUUAAUCAUCAUCAUGCACAUCUUGAACAAAACUGUACAUCUCUUUCAUUCAAACUGACAGUUAUAUUGCACAUUCUUGUUAUGCAUGUGUUUUUGUAACAUUUUCCAUGUAUUUCUAACGCUGUUUAGUUAUUGGUAUGCAAUACUUCCAUUAUCUAUGCAGGCCCAUGUGAGAGAGCAGCACCCCCUGCUAGUAAAGAGAGAAUAAAGUUUGCAGCACUGGGUAUUCUACUCCUCCACACUGUUUUUGCACAUGUACAACAGAGUACUGCUCUUUCAUUCAAAAUACCAGGGAUAUUGCACAUCAAAUGCAACUACUGACACUACUGGGGUAACUGCCAAUGUAGGGUUAAAUCCAACACAGUUUGAGCUCAUUUCCUGAUUUAGAGACCUUUUACGUCCUGCAGCAAAACUUCAAGGUGAAAGUCUCUUAUCUACUUGAAAGACACGUCUGACGUUCGUGUAAAAGUGCUUUUUUAGCUCUAAUUUUUUUAGCUGUUUAUGGUGCUUAAUGACUUUAAUCAUCAUCAUGCACAUCUUAAACAAAAGUGCACUGCUCUUUCAUUCAAGCAGGCCUUCAAGGCAAAUGCUCCUCCAAGUCCCUGUCCGACGCUCAACCGACCAAUGGUUGAGCGUUGUUGAGCAGCGAUCAGCCAAUGGUUGAGCAUUGCUGAGUAGAGCUGAGCGCUCAACAGACCAAUCAUUGAGGGAGGUUUGGACAACGUCAUCUAAAUUAUUCAUGACUGAUAAAUAUUCACAACCUCUUCACUGAUGGCCACUAUCGCUGAAUGUCAUGGUCGACGUAGACAUUUGUUAGGCAUGUACGAAGCUGUGGCGAUUUUGUCAAAAGAUAAAAGACUGUCUGGAAAUCAGAAACUGACAUGGCUAUUACUUAAUUUUAACUGUUGACAUUUGCAGGAUUUGGCUUGUUAAUGUGUAAUGUGUAACUACGGCUUGCUAGCUAAAACGGCUAACAGGACGUUGACAAAGAGUUUAAAGUGUCUGCACCUGUAGACCUUGCAUAAAGUUGGCCUAUGCUUCGGGCAAAAUGGCUAAUGUUACCUAGCAAGAAGCGGACCUUAUGCUGGAAUUUCUUUUAAAGCUUUUUUAAUGUGGAUAUGUGUUAAUGUGGGUAAAUGUGACUGUUUAGACAACAGUUGAUGUGAGAGUAAGUGUAACAUAAAGCAAUUUGGCGACCGUGUUAAUCUCUUGUUGCAUGGUAUGCGCCGCAUACCUGGUAAACAGUCAUUUCUAACAACAUAGGGCUAUUUAGAUAACAAUCUAGCGAGUGUGUUGUCCUAGGCUAUUACACCCACCAUCAUCAAAUUUAUGUAUAAUAAAGGGCUACAUAUUGUCAAUUUAAAUUAUCUGCUUUUAGUUUUACUCAUUUAUUCACGUUUUACUGUACCAGAUUAAACAUGGAAAAGCCUAUACAUUGGUGCAGCGUGUGCAACAAGACUUUCACUGAAAAGUCCAACCUGACCAGGCAUCUGAAGAUCCAUGCCGUCGCCAGCGAAACCUUUGACUGUGAUGUCUGCAGGAAGAGCUUUACCACCAAGUCAUCGCUGGUCAGCCAUCAGCAGCAACACCAGUACCCCAACAUCGUGUUGUACCGGCAAGGAGAGGCCAGGCUGCAGUGUACAGGGGCAGCAAAGUCUGUGGCAGAGGCCCCCAGCACCGCUGUUGACCCUACAUGGCUGGAUCCCCAGACAGCAGAGGCGGCUGCCAAGAGGUCCGGGGGUGAGCUGUGGAAAGGUCAGCUGGUCAUCGUGUUCGGGAAGUACACCGGUCAGACCUUCAGGUGGCUUCUGGAAAACGAUGUCGGCUGGCUGGUGUGGUUGCUGUUCCAGUACUGCCAGCAGGGAGAGCAGAACAAGCUGCUGAAGUGGCAGAAGGAGCGACUGCUUGAGUACGCCAGAGAGUUCUCUCCUGUCACAUGGCACCUUGAUAGGAGGUUGAAGAAAGUGCAGUGAAGAAAGACCGGGCUCCUCCGACCGUCUCCGACCUUUCUCAGCAGGACCCCAGCUAUGCCAGCGAUGCCGAGUUGUUGGCUGCUGCAGGUAUAGUAUUACACACACACAUUACAUUACACACACAGUGCCCAACAGUACACGUGGCUGGCACACAGUCCCAAGAUUCUGAUGAACCUCGCCCCAGCCAUCAGAAGCAUGUUCCCUGCCAUACUGUGUGGGAAGCGUGCUGUGGACAGAGGUGUGGUCACCCUGCUCAGUGACCGACUCAACGCUGUCUCAAUGAGCAAGGUGCAGAGGCUGCUGCAGCAGGGCCACGACGAGUGGUAUGUGGAGCGGCGUGACCUGUACCAGACUCUGCUGUACGAUGCCCACACAGCUGGAUCUGCUUCAUCUCAGGGGGGCAUCCUGUCCUAUGUGAGAGCAGCUGGCACUUACACCCCUCCCAUUGCCCAGUCUCCCCUUCCGUCUGCUCGUCUCCUGAGGCGUGCUCACCUGAUCAUGGAGAUCGAAAAGAUGCCCGUCUACAGACACCAGAUCCUCAGUGUGACUGGAGAAAUCCUGUGCAUUGAUGGUACAAGAAAGUAUGUAUAAAGUACUUGUCAUUUAUUAAAAUC